GCCGAAGGGAAGCUCGCCGACCCUGAGCUCAUGGCGGCAGCUUCAGUCCUCUUCUCCGCCGCGUACGCGCCAGCGCAUCGCAUCGGUGCCGUGCCAGCGCUGCGCCGCCCGCUGGCCGCUCGCGUGCCACCAGCGCUCCUCGACGGCAGCGCGGAGGAUGGUGCCGCAUUCUCAGCCGCCGCGCAGCUCGGGCGAGAGCCUGGGACGUGCGACCCAUACGACCCCAAAAGCGCCGAGUACUGCUCUCCUCCAGAGCCUGCGCCGUCCUCCCUGAAGCGCACCAUCCGGCUCGGCGUUCUCUUCUUCCUCUGGUACUCGCUAAACACGGCCUACAAUAUCGGCAACAAGCUCGUGCUGACGGCCUUUCCGAUGCCGUGGACCGCCGCGACUUGGGAGCUCUUCUUUGGCUUCCCGUACGUGUUUCUUCUCUGGAGCACGGGGCUGCGCAAGACGCCAAAGAUCUCGCUCGAGUCGAUCAAGCUGCUCGCGCCGUCGGGCAUCCUGCUGGCGGGCACGCACGUCGGCGGCGUCAUCUCGUUCGGCCUGGGCGCGAUCUCCUUCACGCACGUGCUCAAGGCAACCGAGCCGGUCUGGUCCGCCCUCAUCUCUGCGCUCUUCUUCCGCGACUUUCUGCCGCUGCCCGUGUACGCCUCCCUGGUGCCAAUCAUCGCCGGCGUCAGCCUCGCUUCGCUCAAGGAGCUCACCUUCUCGUGGAUGUCCUUCAUCGCUGGCACCGGCUCCGCGGUGACGUCCGCCGCCAAGGCCAUCCUCUCCAAGAAGGUGCUCGACGGGAAGUCGCUCGGGGAGAACCUCACGCCCGCAAACAUGUUCGCCGUGCUCUCAAUCCUCGGCUUCUGUGCGAUCCUCCCCGUCUCACUCGCCCUCGAAGGCCCAGCCAAGGCCUCGGCGGCGUGGUCGGCCGCGCUCGCCGCCGGCUACACGACGCCCUACCUGCUCAAGCUGCUCGCCUGCUCGGGCUUCCUCUACUACAUCUACAACGAGGUGGCCUUCCUCGCGCUCGCCGAGGUUGCGCCCGUCACCCACGCCGUCACAAACACCGUCAAGCGCGUCGUCAUCAUCCUCGCCUCGAUCCUCGUCUUCAAGACCACGAUCACGCCGCUCGGCGCCGCGGGGUCGGCGAUCACCGUCGCGGGCGCGCUGCUGUACGCGCUGGCCAAGAACAAGUACAAGUAGAGCGGAGGCGGGCGGCUCGCGGGAGCGCACCGGUCGACCCAUCUCCGACUGAAGAGAGAGGGUACUUCUGCAGCUGCGCUCAACCAGCCGCUCUCCCACGCCGCGGCGUCGGAGUGGGUCAUGUGACAACCCGCCGCACACUCGGGGCACGCACCUCUCUUUCGCCGCCGCCCUGCGCUUUGGACCACAACGAACAAACAACUGCCCCGGACCUCCUGUCUUAUUGAUGUUGUAGCUUAUACUGUUGUGC